GUUUCAAACGCUGCAUUGGAGGAGAGCAGACCGGGCGUUGGAGCGUUUGCUUUAGAAAUUCCGCACGGUAGUUGGGGUGUGGAAAACGAUCGCAGAAGACGUCUACGUUGGGUAUGUCUUCCAAACCUCUAAACGUUGCCGAUUCUCAGAACUCGUUGAGGACAGAAGGACGACCCGACGGGCCAGCUUAUGGGAGUUACGCGGGUCUCCCCGGUGAACCGUUGAUAACGGAAGUGAAUACCGUGGAAGGGAAUGGUACCCGGAAGAGGCAUGGAGAGAGGGAGCGAGGCAGAGAGAGCGGUGAGAUUGGCGAUAACCAAGCUGACUUGGUCCAAGAGUCUCAGGUCGCACUCCCACUUCCGGUAUCAACAGGUGGUCAGUUCGCAAAUGAUGCAUCUGAGCAAGGACUCCUUGCCAAACCAGUAUCGAGCAGAGAUUGGCUUCGCCGACUUGAGGUCAAGGCGAGAAUCCGCCCUGCAAUAAUCCAGCCCUUUCCAAAACUCUCUGCCCCGCUCUUUCCCAAACUCAGCUCGAAACUCACCAACCUUAUGUCAAUUGUCCCAUCUAAAUGGCGUUGGUUACCUUUCUGGCUCUACGUAGCGUGCUGGAUCAUCAUUGCUGCCGUUCUCAUUCUGUUCAACAAUUACAAAGCGACGACGAUCGAGGGUACACCUUCUUACAUUGGCUGCACAACCCAGCUAUGGGCCUGGAAUGUUGAAACAUGUGGAACGGAUGGCGUAUAUUGCAAACCCUUUUCAAAUCAAUCCUUCGUUGUCCGAUGUCCUUCUCUGUGUCAUUUAACCUAUAAUCAGAAUAAGAGGUGGUUGGGACCAUCGCAGGUUGGCUUCAUGCAGCCGUGGGUAGUUGGUACAGAUGUGUAUCGAGCCGAGAGCUGGAUUUGUCCUAGUGCGAUUCAUGCGGGAUUAGUGUCGAAAAAUCUGGGAGGGUGUGCGGUCGUCGAAAUUGUGGGUGAAGCUACCGAUUACCCUUCCACGACUGCCAACGGCAUGACAUCUCUCGCGUUCGACUCUCGGUUUCCUAAAUCAUACCGACUCAAGCCGGUAGAUUCGUCUUACUGCACUGAUUUUUCGUGGGGCAUCCUUCCGAUCGCCAUCAUCCUCGUUGCACUCUUCCCCCUCGUCCAUCCCUCAAAGGGUGCCUUUUUCUUUGCGCUCAUCUCGGCCGGCUUCUGGCAUAUCAUUUUUGUUGGCAUUCCGAUUCACGACGAGUCUUGGACAGCUGCUGCGUGGGGAACAUACUUUGUAACACUCGGAUUCGCUUACUUCUUGUACAAAGUCAUUAUCCGGGACACUAUACCCUCACCCCCACACUUUCCGAUCGACACCUUCUUGUUUACUACGCUACCCUUUUAUCUUGCCCUCCACAUGGAAAUCCUAACGGCACCGCUAGCCAAUUUCGGACUGACGUCCCGCGCAUUUCGUGAACCGACGACUUUGAUAGUCUUUAUCGUUGCCGUGCCAGCGGUGGUGAUAUUGUGCUUGUUUCAACUGUGGUUUUUGCGGCGACAUGGAGUGUUGGGAUCAUACCUCCUUGGAUAUGGGUUAGCUAUAAUCGCCUACUUCCUCCUCCCCUUCGUUUUGUUCCUGCACGUUCACCUCCAUCAUUAUACACUCGGCGUGAUUCUCCUCCCCCUUACACGCUUUGUUCAAACCCGUCCCACGCUUCUGAUCCAGGGGUUCCUUCUUGGUCUCGUUGUUCAGGGUUUGGCACGGUGGGGUCCAGCGUCGCCCUUCGACACGUCGUUCCAGAACUUGAACGGAGAUGAAGCCGUAUGGAUUCCUCGGCCAGAGUUUACCAUUGAUCCGGCCGGCUUGGCUGCCAACGGGACUGUGAAAUGGUCGUUUGGUAUGGACUCCUUGUCAACCAUACCCGAUGGGUUACCCUACGAUUCUUUUUCCCUUCUUUUGAACGACGUAGAAGUGUACAGAGGGGCGGAAAGCAAGUUUAACUUGAAGACCGUGAAGGCGGAUUCGAACCCAACGAGACCUUACUAUGUUCGUGUGGCUUUCGUGCAGUCGGGUAGUGCGCUUGAGUAUUCAUAUCCAGUGACAGUGAGAGGGAAUGGAACGGUGACCUAUCAGAAUGGCACGGUAGUUUCUCUGUAGAUUUUUGACACAUUGUACAUAGCUUUAUGACUUUUUGUUAUUACAAACAUGUUUUCACUACCAAGA